GCUUAGAGUUUCACCUAACCAGUAGCACAUAGUUUAGUUAAUUUAUGCACAUAGAUUGGUUAAUUUAUGUGUAACAUGGACUGCGAUAGGGGUAUCGGGUGAGGGUGUUUGUUCAGGAACCAGAUAUCCUAAACCGUAAAGCUUAGGACACUUUAUAUUUUUCCAAAUGUUGGAGAUGGGCAUGCAAAUACGUCAUGUAUGUUUACAACUUAUAUGUUGUACAAGUUACCAAAAUAAUAAUUAUGCUGUGCAAUGCUUGGUUUACCAGUGUACUCAAAAUAAAAUGGGAUUUUGACUGCAAAUUGUGAACUUCUUUCCUCACCAUCUUUAGAAAGUGAAGGAUCCAAGUGCCUAAUUCGGGAAUGAGAAUGUUGGGCACAUCAAAUGCCCUUGCCCUUGUCGUAUCCAGAGGUACUUUGGUGGAAUUUGAAGCAAUAAUCUGAUCUUUUAGCAGAUGGAGAUUAAAAUCUGAAACAAAAAUAUCAGAUUGCAAAUUAUUCAAGCUGUAGGCUCUUUUAGUGAAAAUGAAUUUUUGAAGUAAGCAAACUACCACAUGAUAGAAUUAUUUGAUUUGAUUUGGCUAACUUCUAUGUUUGCUUUAUUCAUACUUAUAUACCAGGUAGAUUCUUCAAACACAACAGGUUGUUUUGAUCUCACAUGCCCUGGUUUUGUUCAAACUAGCAAUAAGGUUGCUCUUGGUGCUGCCAUAUAUCCAAUCUCGACCUCUGGAGGACUGCCAUAUCAAAUAACUGUGUACAUUUACAAGGAUACAAAUACCAGCAAUUGGUGGGUGCAGUAUAACGGCGUCAAUAUCGGCUAUUGGCCACCAGAUCUCUUCGGUGCGCUUAGAUACCACGCUGAGUCUGUGGAGUGGGGAGGGGAAGUCUACAGCUCAAAGAUAGGGACUCCUCCCCACACUGCAACUGCCAUGGGCAAUGGGCAGUUUCCGAAUUGGGACGACUACGGAUGCAGAUCCGGAUGCGUAAAACGAAUGCGAGUCCGCGAAAACUCUCUAGACUUGAGGUUUCCAGAGUUCGUCAACGCUUAUGCAGAUGAAUAUAGGUGUUAUGAUGUUUUUUACAUUGAGGAUUACGUUGAAGAUCCUGAAUUCUAUUACGGAGGGCCUGGUAAAAGUCUCUGGUGCCCUUGAGGACACUCCUAAUGGCAACUAGUCUGAAUUUCAGUGCAUUUUUCUCUCCUUUUUUCCUUUAAUGAUCAUAAGGUGUUAUUCAAUCAAUUAUGAGAAUCACAUUGGCGAUCAAAGGAAGUUCCUUUGUUAUUUUUUGGGCUGUAACCUGGGGUGGAAUGGUCAUUGAUGUUGAUGUGUGAUUCUUCUCAUAAUUGAAUAUGUAUUGUAAGAUAACAAGCGUAUCU